AGCUCUAUUUUCGUGGAACCAUGCAGACGCGUUUCAGAUAGCCGGAGCAGAUGUUUGCCGUUUUGACACAUGUUUGUUUACAACCAGGCCGUGAAAUCGUGGUUGUUCGGUUCCCUCUAGAAAGUAGCAACCGUGUAGAUUUCAUGCAUAUUGGUAGAAAUUGUGUAACGCAAGAAAAUGAAACCCUUCGAAAGUUUUGUGUUCCCGACGAUCCCCUCGGAGCUACGCGAAAGGUUUCUUGAUGACGAGAAGCAGAUGGUUGUGGUGGGAGUCCUGGGCAAAUCCUUCGAGCCCCACUGCAGUAAGCUGUUAAACUUCGACCUACUACACACUCAUCCGGGCUUGGGCGAUGAAACGGGUACCGAUGGAAGAGUUAAAUUUUUCUUCCGCCCCGAAGGAAACACCCUGUUCCUGCACUUCGAUGCUACGUUCGACAACUUUGUCCUGAUGCAGCUGGCCGAACAAAUGCUCUCCAAGCAACCCGAUGGCAAUCCGGCGCAUUUCAUCGAAUUCAAUAGCGCGAUUCGAACGCGUUUCGCGCGGGUGCUGCUAUUAGCCCUGCAAGUUUGUCACAUUUUGGUGCUGGUAGAACCGUCGGUUUCAUUCGACAUGUCCUAUCUUUCCAUCUUCAAGUCGUUGAAAAUCAUUCGCGAGAAGUACGUGCUCAAGUUUCUACCGAAGCUAUUGCGAAACGCGGACGUUGGAGCGUUCAUGGGGAAAGAGUGUCGCCUUUGCAGUCCGCGGUUGAUAUUUAUGUUCAACUUGCCGGAAAGCAGCGAGACGCACACACCGGACGACCUGGAAUUGCUAGAAACGAAGGUGGAAGAUUACAUCAACAAAAUCUUUCGUAACGAAUUCAUCAUCACAAACAACAGCGCCAUGUCGCUGUUUUCGGUGUCAAAAAACAAACAGUUUGUGUUCUACAACGACCUAAAGUCACAUCGGCAGGACCCACUGGGAGAGUCCAUAGAGCUGUUGUCGUCCUACCUAAGCAAACAGCAAAAGACCAGCACUGGUACACUACCCGAACAAGAUGAGCAGUCAAUCCUGGACAGCGUAAGGCCGUACGAUUUUUUUGGAUAUCCUUUGAAGUACCAUUUCAACAUGGAUGUUGAUGUGUUUGACGACGACGACGAUGAACGGAGCAUUCUUGGUUUGAUCAACGAUCACGUGGUUGAUGGACUAGAAACCGGUUUUGAUGAAACAAGUGUUUGCGGAAGGCAGAAAUCGAAAGUCCAUUUUGCACUUCCUUCCACAUUUGCCUGGUUCGAGAUGUUCAAAUAUAUGUACGAACUAUUCAUUGUCAAUCCCAACGCGCCAUAUUACGAUGCCUACGAUCCUGAUUAUAAAGCCUUCCUUGAGAAUUUCCACGAUAUCGUCGAUAUUGACGAACAGUUUUUUGGCGAGAUAUGUGAGCACGGUCUCGAACUGGCCAUGAUGAACUACAAAGAGAUGCUUCCACCACAUUAUAGCUUUUCAUUUCACGAAACCAAGUAUCAAGCGGCGCAAAAUCUCCUCAUGGAUUAUGCACGUGGACCUGAACUGAAGCCAAGCAUAGAGAAGCUGAAAGAGUACUGUGACUCCAUCUGGCAAAGUGGCAAGCAGCAGUGUGAAUAUCCGAGCUUGCGGGGCAAUCCGUGUGUGCUCGGCAAACAUAAGCCAAUCGAUGCGUCCGAGCAUUCGAGUGGAGUUAUCUACGUGUCCGCUUGUAACUGCGGCCGCACGCAAGGCCAUCGGGAAGAUCCGUAUACCAUACGGCAGGCGAACUAUGAGUUCUAUCAAAUCAUCGCCAAAAGCUGCAGCAACUGCAAUCGACUGGAGCGCGUUCAGUUUCCCAUCUUCGAGCCGUCGGUUAGCGAUUUUCGUGCAGCGGAAUUUAUAAACAAAAAUUUCUCCAACCUCAUGUCGUUCGAUAGUACGGGCCGAACGGCAUCCGACGUGGCACCAAACUUUCGUACCGCACACGAAAAUUCCCUUUUCCUAUCGGGCAGCCAAAAGAGCCAGAAUACCUCGGAAAGCUUAAGCUUUAACAUUGGCUCCGAAGUUGAAGAGGACGAGUUAGAUGGCAAUGUAGCAAAAAAAAUUGGUGAUCGUCGGAAUCGCCAAACGGUGGCGGAACAAAAUGACCAGGAGCAAUUUAACACAAAUCGAGAUGAUUUCGGCGAAGACGAUGAAGAGGUUGAUGAGUAUAACGGUGACGAUGAACAAAUUUUGAACAUCAACGCCCGGAUGAAGGAAAUUGUUAUUAAGGUCGGUGGAUCAAGUAAGGCGACGGGUUCGCAAUCCAAUGAUGCCACAUUACCUACCGCAUUGAGCCGCCAGCCAUCGACAACCGAGUACUUGCCUGGAAUGCUCCAUGCGGCCAGUCCCGCCGGAUUACUGCCCCGUUUUCCUUCCUGGUCACUGGUAUGCUUGGGCUCGAGUUCUAUCUACACACACAACACUGGUUUGCCCGAGCAUGUACAAAGUGGGUUCCUCUCGGGAUCCAAUUUCCUACUGCCUUGGGACGUGAGUGUACGUUUAGAGCAUGCCCAAUGCUGGGCGGCGUCGUAUGAGAAAAUUCGUAACCGUAAAAAGGGAAACCAACAUUCUUCGAAAGGUUUCGAACAAAACAAUACAUUCACGUUGAAAAUAUUCAUCGGCGUCGAGUACGAGUGUCUGCGCGGCCAUCGGUUCAUAAUGAACGGACCGGAUAGUAUCCUUCGCAGUGCUACCGAAAUUGCCAGGGAUAGUGGCAGCAAGGUAGUGUUUAACGAUAUGCCCAUCUACUACCCAUGCCCAUGUCGGAACACAAUUAACAAUACGGCGCAGUUGAUGCGAGUUCAUAUUAUCACACCGAAAGCACCAGUGAACGUUAUCAUCGAUCCGAAGGUGAAGAUUUUCCAAAACAACAUGCAAAACUGCAUAACGUUCACGUCCGGGAUGGCAGCACCGAUCAAGCUUCCGCAAAGCUCGUACUGGAUACUACGGUUGCCUUUCGUAUACGAAGGUGAUAGUGGCCCACUUGCGGCCCCGACCAACGUUAAUCCAUCCAGUGCCAUCAUGCAUGGUGCGUUGAUGGCGGGAAUGUAUGGCAUCAGGGAAAAUGAGCUUAACGAAGAGACGGCCGGUGGAUUAUUAAAUCCUUCGGGUUAAUAUGUCAGGAGAUCGUAUUGGCUGUUUAGACCGGCUAAUGUACCAGUAGUUCAUCAUUUUACCUCUUUUUUACCAACGUUUAAUCGCGCUUGCUUUCGUAGCUCCAUCUGUUAUUAUUUUUUGAUGAAUUGUUUAACCGGAUUUUUAAUUAAUAAAAAUUUAAUUAAUUUUUGGAAGAAAUAAGUACA